UUCUUCUCACGGAACAUACCUAUUGCUUCGGCUUAGACAUAUACCUCUGUGUUACAUAUAUCUCACAUGUGUCUGAGUAACAGGUAAUGUCUCUUAUACGAAACCCUAGAUUCACUAGCCUUCUCAAUUGGGUAUCACAAGCUAUUAUUAAACCCCGAGUUUCAGGAAACCCUAGAUCUUUCGGCACCCAAAGAGCAACACUAGUCGAUGCUGAGCUUUGCGGAGAGAAGUGGGGAGUUAGAAAUCGAAACGAGAUUCGUAGAAUGGCACAGGUUGCGAUGUUUGAUUACUUUUACCAAACGAGGGGUUUGCAGUUUCUGGUUGCUGAGAGUAUGAGUAAGAACGCUCCUGUGUUUAAUGAUAAUCUCUUGAGGAAGCUUGAUGGUUGUGAUGUUGUUGAUGAUGAUGAUGAUGAUGAGAUAGUUCGAUCCAUUACCAGGUUUCUGUUGUUUCAUCCUGUUAACGAGUUUGAGCCUUUUUUAGAGAGUUUAGGUUUGAAGCCUUCAGAGUUUAGUCAUUUGGUUCCUUGUGAUAAGAUGUUCUUGAAUGAAGAUGCUUUUUUGCUUGAAAAUUAUCAUGUCUUUUGGAACUAUGGAAUUGGUAGGGAGAAGAUGGGGAAGAUCUUUAAGGAAGCUAGGGAAGUUUUCGGGUUUGAAACUGGGGUUUUAGCUUCUAAGAUUAAGGCUUAUGAGGAGGAUUUGGGGUUUAGUAGGCUGUUUCUGUCGAAACUUAUUGUUUGUAGUCCUAGUAUCUUGAUUGGGAGUAUGAAUGUUGAGCUGGCUAAAGUUAUGGAGAUGCUGAAAGCUAUUGGUUUUGGUGUUGAUUGGGUAACAGAGAACUUGUCAGAGGAGCUGUCUUAUGAUUGGAGUUGUAUGCAUAGGUGUUUAAGUUUUCUUAGAGAUAUCUGUGUCGAUGAGAAUGAGCUAAAUGAGUUAAUUAGGAAGCGGCCAGGUCUGAUUUUUGAGGAUUCAGGGGAGUGGACACUGAUUCUAGCUGGGUUUGAAACAAAACUAGGGUCAUCAAGAAGUGAACAUUGUUCGUUGUUUCAGAAACUCCCUCAGAGCCAGAGUUUAAGGAAAUGUUUAAUGAAUCUAAGGCAUUGCUUCUUGUUCCUGCAAGAUAUUGAGAUGGAGGCUGAUGAGAUUAGCAAGAUCUUCCGUUUGCAUUCUUCGUGGCUUGGUGUAACUCGUUUGAAGCAAACCAGUACCUUACUUCUCAAUUUGAAAGGUGGGAAGAGGCGGCUUUGUCAAGUCAUUCAAGAAAAUCCUGAAGAGAUGAAAAAAUGGAUUAUGGGGUUAAGAGUCCAGCCGUUACCAGCUACUAGCUGCAAGGUAGACUCAAAGUCGAAAAAAAUGAAGACUCAGUUCUUGUUAGACCUCGGAUAUAAAGAAAAGUCAGAGGACAUGGAGAGAGCACACAAGAGUUUCCGUGGCAAAGGAUCUGAACUCCGUGAGAGAUUUAACGUCCUUGUGAGUUUGGGUUUUACUGAGGAAGUUGUCAAAGAUAUGGUGAAAGCAUGUCCUAGUAUCCUCACUCAGGCAAGUGAUAUCAUAGAAUCAAAGGUUAACUACCUUGUAAACGAAUUAGGUUAUCCGCUUUCGACUUUAGUUACUUUCCCAACAUGUCUCAAGUACACUCUUCAGCGGAUGAAGCUUCGAUAUGAAAUGUUCUCUUGGCUUCAAGCUCGAGGAAAAGCAGACCCAAAGCUUGCAUUGAGUACUAUACUUGUGUGCUCGGACAAGUUCUUUGACACUAGAUUUGUAAACCGUCACCCUGAUGGGCCUAAGCAUUUUGAAGACCUGAAGAAACUGCUUCUGUGUCAGUAGAGAACAAGAAUGCAUCAAGAUAUUAUAUUAUUGACCACAACAACGCAAAAUUAGCCUCAAACAUACAUCAAGCAAUUCGAUUUUUGUAUUCUAGUUAGAGCAGUAACUUCAGUUUUGUGUUAGUCCCCUUUAAGCAGAUUGCUAUGUACAUGUUUUUUACAAAUUCUAUAGCAAUUUUAAAGUUGGAGAA